AUGAAGAAAGAACUCAAAUGGUGGACACGGUACUGGUGUGUGUACUGGGUCUCUACAGGACCAGGCCGGGGGUCUCUACAGGACCAGGCCGGGGGUCUCUACAGGACCAGGCCGGGGGUCUCUACAGGACCAGGCCGGGGGUCUCUACAGGACCAGGCCGGGGGUCUCUACAGGACCAGGCCGGGGGUCUCUACAGGACCAGGCCGGGGGUCUCUACAGGACCAGGCCGGGGGUCUCUACAGGACCAGGCCGGGGGUCUCUACAGGACCAGGCCGGGGGUCUCUACAGGACCAGGCCGGGGUCUCUACAGGACCAGGCCGGGGUCUCUACAGGACCACGUCGGGGUCUCUACAGGACCCCGCCGGGGUCUCUUCAGGACCACGCCGGGGUCUCUACAGGACCACGCCGGGGUUUCUACAGGACCACGCCGGGGUUUCUACAGGACCACGCCGGGGUCUCUACAGGACCACGCUGGGGGUCUCUACAGGACCACGCCGGGGUCUCUACAGGACCACGCCGGGGUCUCUACAGGACCACGCCGGGGUCUCUACAGGACCACGCCGGGGUCUCUACAGGACCACGCCGGGGUCUCUACAGGACCACGCCGGGGUCUCUACGGGACCACGCCGGGGUCUCUACGGGACCACGCCGGGGGUCUCUACGGGACCACGCCGGGGGUCUCUACGGGACCACGCCGGGGGUCUCUACGGGACCACGCCGGGGGUCUCUACGGGACCACGUCGGGGUUCUCUACGGGACCACGCCGGGGGUCUCUACGGGACCACGCCGGGGGUCUCUACGGGACCACGCCGGGGGUCUCUACGGGACCACGCCGGGGGUCUCUACGGGACCACGCCGGGGGUCUCUACGGGACCACGCCGGGGGUCUCUACGGGACCACGCCGGGGGUCUCUACGGGACCACGCCGGGGGUCUCUACGGGACCACGCCGGGGGUCUCUACGGGACCACGCCGGGGGUCUCUACGGGACCACGCCGGGGGUCUCUACGGGACCACGCCGGGGGUCUCUACGGGACCACGCCGGGGGUCUGUACGGGACCACGCCGGGGGUCUCUACAGGACCACGCCGGGGUUCUCUACAGGACCACGCCGGGGGUCUCUACAGGACCAGGCCGGGGGUCUCUACGGGACCACGUCGGGGGUCUCUACGGGACCACGCCGGGGGUCUCUACGGGACCACGCCGGGGGUCUCUACGGGACCACGCCGGGGGUCUCUACGGGACCACGCUGGGGGUCUGUACGGGACCACGCCGGGGGUCUCUACAGGACCACGCCGGGGUUCUCUACAGGACCACGCCGGGGGUCUGUACAGGACCACGCCGGGGGUCUCUACAGGACCACGCCGGGGGUCUCUACAGGACCACGCCGGGGGUCUCUACAGGACCACGCCGGGGGUCUCUACAGGACCACGCCGGGGGUCUCUACAGGACCACGCCGGGGGUCUGUACAGGACCACGCCGGGGGUCUCUACAGGACCACGCCGGGGGUCUGUACAGGACCACGCCGGGGGUCUCUACAGGACCAGGCCGGGGGUCUCUACAGGACCAGGCCGGGGGUCUCUACAGGACCAGGCCGGGGGUCUCUACAGGACCAGGCCGGGGGUCUCUACAGGACCAGGCCGGGGUCUCUACAGGACCAGGCCGGGGGUCUCUACAGGACCAGGCCGGGGGUCUCUACAGGACCAGGCCGGGGGUCUCUACAGGACCAGGCCGGGGGUCUACAGGACCAGGCCGGGGGUCUCUACAGGACCACGCCGGGGGUCUCUACAGGACCACGCUGGGGGUCUGUAUAGGACCAGGCCGGGGGUCUCUACAGGACCACGCCGGGGGUCUCUACAGGACCACGCCGGGGGUCUCUACAGGACCACGCCGGGGGUCUCUACAGGACCACGCCGGGGGUCUCUACAGGACCACGCCGGGGGUCUCUACAGGACCACGCCGGGGGUCUCUACAGGACCACGCCGGGGGUCUCUACAGGACCACGCCGGGGGUCUCUACAGGACCAGUUUCAUCCGAUGA